UCUAAGAUCUGCAGUCUCUCUCCAUCACUCAGCAAAGAGCCACUUCUUCUCUACAGCGCAACCAUGACCAGUUUUAUGACUUCAGGUGUUUCUUACAGUGGAGGCUCCUUUCGGGGACCCAGUGCCGGUGGAUCCUCUCGGUUUUCCUCGAUGAGUGUUGGCGGUGGCCGCAACUUGACGGUUGCACGUGCCCCCAGCAUGUAUGGUGGUUCUGGAGGAUCUGGUGUGCGCAUAUCCACUGCCUCCAGUUCCAUGCGCAGUGGUGGAGGUGCUGCAGGCCUUGGUUUUGGUGGUGGAGGAGGAGGCUUUAGCUUUAGAGCCGGUGGAGGAGGAUUUGGCUUUGGAGCCGGUGGAGGAGCUGGUGGAGGAGCAGGUGGAGGAUCUGGGUUUAGCUUUGGUGGGGGUUUUGGUGGUGAGGAUGUGGGCUCUGUGACAGUCAGUGAAAAGGCCACCAUGCAGAACCUGAAUGAACGUCUGGGAUCCUACCUGGAAAAGGUACGCACGCUGGAGAAGGCCAAUGCUGACCUGGAACUGAAGAUCAGGCAGUUUGUGGAAAAUAAGACCUCCCCUACUUCCCGAGACUACUCUGCUUAUGAGAACACCAUAAAGGACCUGCAAGAAAAGAUACAGGAUGCAACCAGCGACAAUGGAGGCAUCUACCUGAGCAUUGAUAAUGCUAAACUGGCAGCCGAUGACUUCAGAACCAAGUAUGAGAAUGAGUUGGCAAUGCAUCAGUCAGUGGAGGCAGACAUUGCUGGGCUUAGGAGGCUCCUGGAUGAGCUGACACUGUCGAGGUCAGACCUGGAGAUGCGGAUCGAAGGUCUUAGGGACGAGUUGAUUUUCCUCAAGAAAAAUCAUGAGGAGGAACUGGAAGCGAUGCGCAAUAGCAUGUCAGGUAGUGUGAGUGUGGAAGUGGAUGCAGCACCUGGGGAAGACCUGAACCGUAUCCUGGCUGAGAUCCGUGAACAGUAUGAAGCUAUGGUUGCCAAGAACCAGCGUGAACUAGGGGGCUGGUUCCAGACCAAGACUGAAAAUCUGAACAAGGAGAUGACUGCCAACACAGCAGAACUAGAAGUAUCCAAGUCAGAGGUUAAUGAGAUCAGACGCAAUGUACAAGGCCUGGAGGUUGAGCUACAAUCCCAACUAAGCAUGAAAGCAUCUCUAGAAGGCACUCUAGCAGAUACAGAGAACCGUUACUCCAUGAAUUUAUCUAGACUGCAAACUCAAGUAACAGGAAUGGAGCAGCAGCUGAUGGAACUCAGAGCUGAUAUUGAGAGGCAAUCUCAGGACUAUAAGAUUCUGCUGGAUAUCAAGGACCGGCUGGAGAUGGAGAUUGCAGAGUACAGGAGGCUGCUGGAUGGAGAGGUUGACAGCGUCAAUACAAACUUCAGUAAAAAAGUGAAAGUGAAGACCAUUGUGGAAGAGAUGGUUGAUGGGAAAGUGGUGUCCUCGACAACUGAAUAAAUCCAGCGAGGCUACGUUCAACACCGUAAUGCAACUUUAAAUUCAACAGAAAUACAGCAAGAGUUAUAUGAACCAUGUGAGAUGAUCUGCAAUGAAAAAAAUGAAAAUAAAACGACUCCCUGACACAAUGA